AUGUGCGCAUCACGGGCUCGGAUUAUGCCGGAAGCUUUGCUCUAUCGUCCGUUAGCGGGCUGGUCGAGAGCCACCGGGCUGGCGGCAGGAAGAACACCCCAUAUCAUCUAUGCGCCACUUAUUGUAGAUUGGAGUGGCGCGAAGCUUUUCAAGAGCUUGUAUGUCCGUGACGGUGGGUAUCAGGCGAUGGAGCUAUUCGGAACUGAGGGACUCUGCAGCUUUGCCCAGUUGAAGGUUCACUUCGGCGAUGAUGGGGGCGGAGGGAUUGAGAAGACUGUGGGAAGAAGUGCAAGGGUGGCUUGA